UCUCUCUUGGGACACAUUGGUGAUUCAUCCUUUCCUACAAAAGGAAGAACUGAAACGUCUGUUGAGAGACUCCUCCCCUCCGUUGGCCUUUCUUUCCCCCUCGUCUCUUUCUCUAUGUCUGGUCCAAAUGGUUUCACUGUAUGUUAUUCUCUGGCUCUCACACACACCCACACACACACAGCUCCAUGAGGACAGAGUGAGGCAGCAGGUUCUCUAGUGUGGGCAUUAAUUACAUGACCAGACAUCAACAUGGCAAAGAAGACCUGUGAUCCGGGCACAAGGUGGGACAAACUGCUCAUCACCUGUAUCCCCUUGAUAAGGCCAAAUCCAGCAACAGAAUCCCCACCUGUAAAAUGGAGUAGUGACGUUCCUCCCCAGUACGACCCGGCAGUGAGUCCAGCUGUCUGGAUAUCAAUGGUCGUCAUAGUGAACGGCUCCAUCCUGGCAAUGUUUCUAUGGUUCAUCAUAUACAAAAUGCAGGCAAGGCGCAAUCACACUGCAGGUGAACCAGAGGCAGGACUUAACCCUCCAGCUAAAGCCCUGCCACCUGUGGAGGGAGACUGUACAUCAGCCGUGGUACAGAGAGAGGAGGAGGCCCCUCCAUCCUGUCCUCAGCUGAAUGGUGGGCCCCAAACAUGCUUCAGGCAGGAGGUAUCCACCUACAGCGGGGCCUCUGUGUGUGGCUCUCUUGGGGAGGUAGGCGGCAUGUUCAUGUGCAAUGGUCUGAGGGAGCAUUGGGUCCCACUUCCUGCCACUGAGCUGGGGGAUGCUGCUUUGGUGACCACCAAGACUGUGCAAUGCUCCGACUGAGAGGACAUCAUUUUGACAUAUAAAACCACAUGGCCAUUGUUAAGCAAACGGACUUAUUCUUUGCAGUAUUGUUGGUACAGUAUAAUCAUUUAGAUGCACGUGUUUACAUUUGUGAUGGUGUAGGAGUAAAGACAAACCUGUGAGAGAAUACUAUGGGAGAUAACUAUGUACUUGUGUUUCUAUACUUAAAUAUUGUCAAAGACAAUAAGACAAAUCUGAGUAGAUUGGGUUAACUCCAAUAAGAACAUGGCUGUUAUAGGAUAUUUCUAUUUGAACUCUUAUUCUGUGUAGAUUUUGCUGGUAGUUUUAGAAUGAAGGUAUUAUCUGGCCAAUUAUAUGGCUAUAUGUCGUGCUGUACAUUUGUGUAUGAUGUGGAAAAACAACAUGUAAUUAAUCAAAUGCAGUGAAAUGAUGCAAUUUGUCAAUAUGUGUCAAUGUAAAACCAGUUGUAAAUAUUACUCUAAAACGAGCAAAAAUUUGGAAUAACAUUUACAUUCACUUUAUAAUUCACUUUUAGAUCAUGUAGAAGUAAAGGUGACAACUGCUAUUUAACCUGGGGAUAUAUUUGACACAUCACAAUCAACAAAACACAAACUUAUUAUGUCGAAGUUUUACUCCGACUCAUAUACAAUACAGUACAUUUCGAUAAGAAAGAGGUUCUCUGACCUCAGAGAUGUAGAGGCAAGGUUUUUGGUUCAACAAAAGUAUACUGAUCUUUUGACAGAAAGUCAUUUGGUUUCAAUUCAGUGGACACACUUUAAUAAAGGCUGGAAACCCUCGA